AACAACUGCAGCAACAGCCGAGGACACUAUGGACACACUCAGACUGACCUUCCUCAUCCCCUUGUUGUCCAGCUCGUUGGUCUGGAGUGGAUACCUGGAAAAUAACCAAGAUGUCUUGAAACCAGAGGGCUGGACUCAUGUUGGCCGGGUCGACCCAACAGAGGAGCUGGAGCUGACCUUUGCCCUCAAGCAGCAGAACAUUCACCUGCUGGAGGAAAGACUCAGGCUUGUGUCGGACCCUGACUCAGCUCAAUAUGGUAAAUACCUCCACCUAGAGGAAAUAGCCUCCCUUGUGCAUCCAUCUGAACUGACCCAGAAGGUGGUACAUCACUGGCUGCAGAGUCAUGGGAUUAAAGACUGUCAGACUGUCCAGACUCAGGACUUUUUACAGUGCACCAUGACUGCAGAGGUCGCAGAGACGCUGCUUCCAGGUAGCAAAUUCCACCGUUAUACCAGAGACAGCCAGUCUGUAGUGAGGUCUUCAGCUCCGUACUCUGUUCAUGAUGAUAUUCACCAGCACCUUGACUUUGUUGGAGGGCUUCACCGCUUUCCUCCUAAAGGGCUGGACCCCAACAAAGCCUCAUCUAACAGAAAGCAAAAGCAGUCAAAGGCUGGGAUACACCUGGGAGUGACUCCUGCCAUCUUGAGGGCUCGCUAUAACCUGUCAGCAAGUGAUGUGGGAACGGCUGGGAACAACAGCCAGGCUGUCGCCCAGUUCUUGGAGCAGUACUACAGCCCAGCAGACUUGGCUGAGUUCAUGGCGAUGUUUGGUCGGAGCUUCAAGCAUCUGUCUGAGGUGGACCGGGUUGUAGGCAGCCAAGGAAAAGGAAAGGCUGGUAUAGAGGCCAGUCUGGAUGUGGAGUACAUCAUGAGCACAGGGGCAAACAUCUCCACGUGGGUCUUCACUAAUCCAGGUCGUCAUGAGUCCCAGGAGCCUUUCCUCCAGUGGAUGGUUCUGCUCAGCAACAUGACUGACCUGCCCUGGGUUCACACCAUCAGCUACGGGGACGACGAGGACAGCCUGUCUACUGCCUACAUGAUGCGCAUCAACACAGAGUUUAUGAAAGCUGGCGUCAGGGGCAUCUCUUUGCUCUUUGCCUCCGGUGACAGUGGUGCUGGAUGCAAACAUUUGGGUAAAGGACAAAACUGUUUCAGGCCCAGUUUUCCUGCCUCAAGCCCCUAUGUGACUACAGUAGGAGGAACCUCAUUCAAGAAUCCAUUCAAACUGACAUAUGAAGUUACAGAUUAUAUCAGUGGAGGAGGCUUCAGCAAUGUCUUCAAGAUGCCAGAAUACCAGGCCAGUGCAGUGGAUGGCUAUCUGAAAACUGUAGCUGCAGCCCUCCCACCUCAGGCUUACUUCAAUAUCAGUGGCAGGGCCUAUCCAGACAUGGCUGCUCUGUCUGACAAUUACUGGGUGGUCAUGAACAGAGUACCUAUCCCAUGGGUGUCUGGGACUUCGGCAUCGACCCCGGUGGUUGGCGGCAUGCUGUCUCUCAUCAAUGAUCAGCGGCUGCUGAAGGGCCUGCCUGUCCUGGGCUUCCUCAACCCACGCCUCUACAAGCUCAAGGGACAGGCCUUAUUUGAUGUGACUGAAGGUUGUCAUCUGGGCUGCCUAGACGAGCAAGUUCAGGGGAAUGGUUUCUGUGCUGCACCAUCAUGGGACCCGGUGACUGGCUGGGGAACACCAAACUACCCUGAACUGCUGGCUGUACUGCUGGCAGAGUGAACAUCCCCAGGUCCAGAAAGUUAAACCAUUAGGGCAGUUUCUGCUCUGAGAGCAGGUACUAUACACACAUCCAAAAUCCUGACGCGGCUCCUGAUGCCAAAGGCACAAUGGUGACAUGGAGGAAAAACGAUGCCUACGGUCUAGAUUUAUGCCUUUUAAUUUUAUUCUGAUUUUCAUGUGAGAUUGAAAUAUUGCAGUAUUACAAUCUACAGGGAUCUUUUUUUUUUUAAAUUCUCAAUCAUACUACUUAUUUUUACUCCAAAAGGCUUAAAACCUGUUCAGAUAUUUUUAGGUCAGGGUUAGUGGUGGGAUUUUAAUGCUUCACUGCAGUUGCCUGUUUCUGCUGUUCAUUGAAUUUUAUCUGACCCAGAUUUUUCUGUGAAUCUCUUACACAAGAACUUGCAGGCAGAUGGGUGUUACAGUAAUCUUGUGCUUUGAAAUCAUGCUGCUAACUAUACAGCAAUGAGAAGUGUGGAUAAAAUGGUUGCUAUGCAUAAAACUUAAAAUGCUGAAAUACUCACACCAAUCACCUUAGUUGCACACACAGGCCUAUUUAAAUCUAUUUUGUAACCACUGGACGAAAAUAUAAAACAACAUUUUUAUUGUUUGUCAUGACUUGUAAUUAAAAAACGAUCAAAGCCCUUUUCUAUACAUACAUAAGGCUUAUUUUUCAAAUGUGUUUAAAUCUUUAUGUGAAUGCAUAAUAAGACACUGAAUAAACAGCAGCAGUACACAGGUGUGCCUGGGGCUGUUCACAAUAAAAGGCAAUGCUCAAAUGAGCAGUUUAUCACAAAGCAAUGCAGAUAUGGCAAGUUUUGAGGGAGUGUACUUGGAGCUGUUGCCCUUCUAUUGAUGGUCCUCUCACUACCGUAAGCCGUCUCCAAUGUCGUUUCCAGGAAUUUGGCAUUACAUCCAUUUCUGCAAAGUGUUAGAAACAGUCUCAUGGAGGCUCAUCUCCAUGCUUAUUGUCUUCUUCACCUGACUGUAGUUCCUACUUGACUGACUUGAGUAGGCAAAUGCUCGCCUUCAAUGUCAUCUGGCAGUUUGGGAAAGGGUUCUAUACACAGAUGAAUCCCAGUUUUCACUUUACUGGGAAGAUGGCAGACUGAUGGUGAGCUGUUUGCUAAUGUCAACGUUGUAACCAGGGUGCACCAUGGUGGCAGUGAUAUUAUGGUUUGGGGAGACAUACUCUACGAACAAUCAACACAAUGCAGAGAUAACAUGACAAGAUCCUGAGGCCAUGUCAUUCAUCCACCGCCAUCCCCUAGUGUUGCACCAUGAUGUGCACAGACCCAUAUUACAAGGAUUCGCACACAAUUCCUGGAAGCGCAGAACAUCAAAGUUCUUGCAUGGCCUGCAUACUCAGACAUGUCAACCAUUGAGCAUGUUUGGGAUGCCCUGGAUCAGAGUGUACGACUGUGUUCCAGUAUUCAGCAACUUUGCUCAGCCAUUGAAGAGGAGUGACCACCCCUCCAUAACCCAUCAUCAACCACCAUCAACAACCUUGUCAACUCUAUGUGAAGGAUAUGUUCCGCACUGCAUGAAGCACUCGCCACACCAGAUACUGGCUGGUUUAACCCCAGAAAAAAAACACGUGAAUUCAUAUGAAAUCCAUAGUUCAGUGCCCAAUUAAUAUCCUUUUUUCCAAGAUAAAACUGCACAUUUCAGAGUGGCUGUUUAUUGUAAUUGGGCUAAGGCACACCUGUGCAAUAAUCAUGCUGUUUAAUCUGUAUUGAUCAGCCACACCUGUCAGGUGUUUAGAUUAUCUUGGCAAAUCUCACUAACACAGAUUUAAAUGAAUAUGUGAACAUAAUUUGAGGGAAAUAAUCCUUUUGUGUGCAUAGAAAAAGUCUUACAUCUUUUAUUUCAACCCAUGAAAAAUGAGCAAAAACAUGAGCGCUGUUUAUAUUUAAGUAUAUUAAGACAUUAUAUUACAUGUCAUUCAAAAAUCUACUCUGGAUGCAACAAUCUUUUUUUAUUUUUAGCAUUUAGGAAAUUGUUGGACUUGUUUAGUUUAUAGUAAGAUUUUAAUGCUAUUCUGCAGGGACAAGCUAGUUAAGUCAUUUAAAGUCAAAUAUUUUUGCAUGCAACUCUACAAAUGUCAGUUGUGAGUCGUGACACAUACCGUCUGCGGUGUAAGUUGGGCAGGACCUGUAAAACUUGAUUAUUUUUUGGUUUGAUCUGCAGCCGCAAAUCAACCACAUGCACUGUAGAUAAAAAAAGUGGGUUAAAAGUGAUUCAGCAACUCUACCCACCAGUCUGUCGUCUUUGCACUCUUUGACCAUGUAAAUCCUCAAAUCAGAAAAAGCUGCCUGUGUUGUAUUGUUUGAGAAAAUGUAAUAAAGAUGGAUUUUUACUU